AUGGGACUAUUUUUUUCUCACGACAGAUCUUACAGAGUUACCAAAUUUUUAACCAACUCUGAAAAAAUUAAAGAAAAGAUCGAAACUCACGACAACGCUCUUAUUCCGAAUUUUAAUUGGCUUGAUGGAGAAACGUUUCCAACAAAAAUUGAAGAAAAUCAUCGAAUACAUGCACGGCAUUUUGCGCUUAAACAUGUGUGUAAAGGCAAUUUUACUUCGCCAAUUAAAGAAAAUAUCAAAGCGGGAUUUAAAAUAUUGGAUGUAGGAUGUGGCUCAGGGCAGUGGUGCAUAGAAAUGGCCCAAAUGUUUCCUGAUGUUGAAGUUUAUGGGUUUGAUUUGUCACCUUGUUUUCCAGUGGUCAAACCCGAUUGGUCCAAUUUUAUAAAAGAAAUUAAAAGAGUCUUAAAACCUGGGGGCAUAAUUGAACAACAUGAGUGUGAUGGACUUGCGCAUUCUGCUGGUCCUUUACUAAACAAAGUGCAAAAUACAUACAUACACGUGAUUUCAACGACAAACGAUAUCGACCUGAGAUUUGCACGUCGGCUUACUGAAGUAUAUGAAACAGCAGGAUUUGAGAACAUACAUGAGUCUUAUCUGUCGUUAGCUCUUGGAAAAUGGGGAGGAAGAAUUGGAGAGAUUUGUGCGGAUAAUUUAAAGCAAAUAUACCUUACAAUGCAACCUUGGUUAACACCAUUUACAGGAUUAACAGAAGAUGAAUACAAUAAAAUUAUCAAACAAAUUGUUGUUAAAGAAUUGGACGAAUAUCAUUCUUUUACAAAUCACCAUAUAAUUUGGGCAAAGAAAAAAGCAUCAAGUUAUUGGUGGUUUUAUUAA